AUGGGUAUGGGCCAAGGCGUGAAGACUGCCCGACCACGAUACAUUGCCGCUGCCCUAGAACUUCCCAGAGUCGACUCGCCAAAGAUCCCCCAAGGCACUACAAGCCCCGCCAUGCGCAACAAGACUACGCCCCAAGACAUGGCCGCCGCUGCUGCAGCAAAUUUUAAGAUGCAGGAGCAUGCGGCAGAAGUCGGCCCGGAGAAAGAGAAGCUCGGGGUCAAAGUCGAGGACACCGAGGAUGAUCUGAAGUGCCAGCUUAGGAUGGAAGGGAGGCGCAUCGAUCGCUUGGAGAAACUAGUUGAUAUAUUUAUAUUGCUGGAGGAUAUAACCAUGCCGGCCACGGAGGAAAAUCGAGCUCUCUUCACCAAAAAGAUCGACGAGGUUGAGAGCCAGUACAAGGCCACAUGUGCCAAACAAGAUGCGAAGGAACUCUAG